AUGGUCAUUAAGCAGUACACAAGGACCUAUAAUGAGACUCACCAUGAACUUGAGAAGACUGGAAGAACUCAUGCAGAAAUGGUGGAGGAGCGGGCAAAGGAGAAAUGUGAAAAAAUCUGGAUUGAACAGUUGUUCAGAAAAAGUCCAGGCAGUAAAUCUGCACCUAACAUUGUGGUGGUCAGCGGAGUGGCUGGAAUUGGAAAAACUACCAUGGUACAGAAGAUCAUGUUUGACUGGGCCAGGGGCACUCAGAACAAGAGGUUUACAUUUGUGUUCCUGUUUAAGUUCCGGGAUCUCAAUCUCCUAGACGACAAGACAGAGCCUCAGAUGCAUCUGACUAGACUGAUUGUGAGAUACUAUAAAUACCUUAAUGACGUGAAACUAAGAGAAAUCCUGCAGAAACCCGAACAUCUGCUCUUUAUACUAGAUGGGCUGGAUGAGUACAAGCACAAACUGGACUUCACACACAAGAAACUCUGUUCAGACCCUGAACAAUUCUUCCCUGUCCACGUCCUUAUCACCAGCCUGAUCAGGCGGACAUUACUGAAGGGCUGUUCAGUCCUGAUUACUAGCAGACCAACAGCCCUGGAGUCCCUGGAUAUGGGGACAGUUGACCGAUUUGCAGAGAUCUUAGGGUUCUUCCCCAAACAAAGGCUGAUGUACUUUAAGAAAUUCUUUGGUGAUGAAGAUCUGGGCUCAGAGGCUUUUCAGUACGUGGAGGAGAAUGCCAUCCUCUACACCAUGUGCUUCAACCCCUCAUACUGCUGGAUCAUUUGCUCUGUGCUAAGGAAUUACUUCACUAUGAAUGAGGAAGAUAGAAAAAAGGCCCCCAAAACUGUUACUGAACUCUUUGUCAUGUUUCUUUACAACAUCCUGACCAAUCAUAAACGACAUGCAGAGGACCAGAGGGGUAUUCUGGUGAAACUAGGAAAGAUGGCUUUUCAUGGAGUAGCCAACAGAAUUCUUGUGUUUUAUGACAAGUUUGAGAUGUUCUCCUUUGGCCUCAAGUCAGUUGACUCUUCUCCAUUCCUCUCUGGGUUCCUGAAAGAAAUCCUGCAGAAAGAAAAUACUGAGGAAUGCACAACAUACACAUUCUUUCAUCUUACAUUGCAGGAGUUUAUGGCCGCUUGCUCCUUCUUCCUAGAUUCAUCAGAUGACAUAGAGAAGCUGCUUGAGAGGCUAGACUCCUGUGCAGAUGGUCGUUUUGAGAUUUUCACUCGAUUCCUUGCAGGACUGGCACGAUAUUCUUUGACGAAACAACUAGAAGAAAUUCUUGGCUGGUUUCAUAGGAAGUCAUUAAUGAAGAUCCUGCAAUGGGUGAAGGAGAAAGCUGAACGAGCUCUGGGGAGCAAGGAUCCAAGUGAAUUACUACGAGUGUGCCACUGGCUCUACGAGACUCAAAAUAAAAAGUUAAUCCGUGAUGCCAUUGGAAAGGACCUAAAGCUGAGCCUUAGUAGCAUAAUAUUAUCACCUCUGGACUGUGCUGUGCUGGGCUCAGUUAUCAAAUGCUGUGGAGAACUUGAGGAGCUUCGGCUGUAUAAAAUAAAUCUGACCCUCGAGAGUAUGAAAAGACUGGCACCAGGGCUCAGCUGCUGCCGCAAUGUCUUGUUGCUGUCAUGUGAACUCACCUCUGAAUCUUGUGAGGCCCUCUCCUCGGCUGUCUCUUCUGAACACUCACACCUAACUGAGUUGGACCUGACAGGCAAUAAACUGGGGGACUCAGGGGUGUGCCUACUGUGUAAGGGCCUGAGGAGCCCAAAGUGUAAGCUUGAGAUCCUGGGGUUGGUGUCAUGCAGCCUCACCUCUGGAUCUUGUGAGGCUCUUUCAUUAGCUCUCUCUUCUAAACACUCCAACCUGAUUGAGCUGCGACUAACUGGCAAUAAUCUGGAGGAUUUAGGAGUGCGUCUUCUUUGUGAGGGGCUGAGGAGCCCACUCUGCAAAUUACAGACCAUGUGGUUGGUGUCAUGUGGCCUCACCCGUGAAUCGUGUGAGGCUCUCUCCUCGAUUCUCUCUUCUGAAAACUCACACCUAACUGAGCUCGACCUGACAGGCAACAAACUGGAGGACUCAGGAACAUGUCUUCUAUGUGAGGGCCUGAGAAGUCCAAACUGUAAAUUGAAGAAGCUGGGGCUAAAGCUGUGUGGACUCACUUCAGGAUGUUGUGAGGCUCUCUGGAUGGCUAUCUGUACAGAACACUGCCAGCUGACUGAGCUGAACCUGGAACACAAUAAACUGAAGGACUUGUUACUGCAUCCGCUGAGGGAGAUGCUCACAAAAGCCAACUGUAAACUGAAGACCCUGCGGUUGAGCGCUAGUGGAAUCAGCGACAGUGGGAAGAGGAACCUGGAGUCACUCGAAGAGGAACUCAGCCAGUUUGGAUUGCAGAUUGUAGUCAAUGCAUGGGAAUAG